AUGGUCGGCAAAGGCGAAGGUGUCUUUGAUUCAAGUCCCCCGCCGUACCAGCAACAUCAUGCGCCGAGACUGUUCGUCGUUCGGAGGCGCCGAGGACGUCUUUUAGCGUUUACUGUUCUCGUCGUUGUGCUCGUCUCCUUGUCGCAUUACUACAGCGUGGCUGUUCAGGGUCCUGCCGUCACCGAGGAGCAGCGCGACCUGCUUGUGAAGGGCCUCGAAACCUGCCGAAAAACUGUUUCUCGGCAUCAAAUCAAGGGCGACGGUCUACUACGAGAAUCCAAUCCGCGAUGGAACAAGGUCUCCGGACAAAAGCAGACCAUUGUUCUCCGGAAUGCGACCCUCUUUGACGGAGACGUAGUUCUCCCCGAUGCAGUCGAUAUUGUCUUCGAGAAAGGUCUCAUCAAGUCUGUCGAAACGACUCGAGAGAAAGGAGAUUUCCCCAGCGAUGCAGUCGUCUACAACCUCAACCGCCGAUUCGUGACGCCCGGGCUCGUCGACAUCCACUCUCACCACCUGGAACUCCCCUUCUCCUCAGUCUCUGCAAUCGAAGAUGUGAAUGAGAAGCCACAGCUCGGACCCAUCACGCCCUUCGUCCGAGCCAUUGACGGAUUCAAGCCCUACGAUCCGGCCAUCAAGAUCAUUGCCUCCGGCGGCGUGUCGACGUCGCUGAUUCUACCUGGAUCCGGGAACAUCAUUGGUGGCCAGGGGUACUUGGUCAAGAACCUCCCAUCUCCCGGCGAGAAUGGAGAGCCGAUCGUCGAAGAUUUGUUGCUGGAACAUGGAAUCCCGGAGGAGAGCCGACAAAGAUAUCUCAAGAUGGCUUGCGGUGAGAACCCAAAGCAUCUCUACGGCCACACCCGCCUUGGAAAUGCUUGGCUCCUUAGGCAGCAUCUGGAAAAGGCCCGCAAGUUGAAGUCGGAACAAGACGCAUGGUGCCGCACGGCAGAGCAUGUCGAAGGUGAGGGUUUCAAGCAUGUGAGAAUCGCUCGCUUCGUGGCGGAAUACGGUGGGUUCCCAGAGGACCUCGAGCUAGAGGCAACCGUGGCCCUACUUCGGGGAGAGUUCAAUGUCAACAUCCAUUGCUACGAGCCGGAAGACUUUGAGAGAAUGCUUGCCGUGCUACAUGAGUUUGGUGUUCACCCACAAGCGUUCCACCACGCUCUGGAGGCAUGGCAGGUCCCAGAGUUUCUUAAGGAGCAAGAGAGGUAA